AUGACUCCUAUGACUGAAGAUAUGAACAGCACUAUCGGGGAAGAAUAUAAUAUACAGAACUUGGCUAUUCAUGUUACAGCAGGAAUUACAUUUGCAGCAGGAAUAAUGAUAAAUACAUUUAUAGUUGCUGUGUAUGUCACUGACUGGAUGAAACAAAGACCAAUGGCCUCUACUGACCAGAUUCUCACCUCCCUAGGGAUCACAAGAUUCCUCUAUGAAUCCACGAGCCUGUUGGACAUCUUUCUUCAUAAUUUCUUUGAAAUUAAUAUUGGAUACGAACUAACUGUUUUUUGUAUUUUUGCAACCUCCUUCUAUGCCAACAUCUGGUUAGCAAACCUUCUCUCUGUUGUCUUCUGCCUGAAGAUCUGCAACUUCCAAGAUGUCUUCUUCCUACGUCUGAAGAUAAUGAUAUUACAGAGGGUCGUCCAUCUGAUCAUUGCUUGUGUGCUGGUGUCCAUUUGUUACAGUUUAACAUUUUUGUUUAUCACUACUACUGGAGUUCUUAGGAAUUCAUCAAACAAAACAAAUAACUGGGAAAGAGAUGAAAUAGAAAAAUACAUGUUUUUAUGGUGGAACGUUGUGCCGUUCCUCAUAGUCUUCAUAUCAUCAGUCCUUCUUAUUUCCUCUCUGUGCCAUCACGUGAAUAUAAUGAGAUGUGACAGAGCUGUAACAGGACAACUGGAUACUUAUUACAAGACCAUAAAGUUCUCAGCUUUUUCAUUUCUUAGCUACACCUUUUAUUUCAUCACACAUGUUACUCUAUGGUUCUAUCAGGGAUCAUUUGAUGAUUUAGGAGAAAAUUUAAUUUUGAGUGUUUUUCCAACUCUGCAUUCUGUCUACCUGAUAUAUGUAACAGCCAGGCUAAGGACUCAGUUCUGUAAGAUUCUCCAACAUGCAUCCAAAUUCCGGCUCAAUUGA